CCUCUAUGUUAAGUUCUGAAAUAUCAAUAAAGUGACUUGGGAUUUUAGGAAAGCAUACGCAUCAGUGUCAUGAAGAUUGUGAAAUUAACUGCUUUUUAUCAUUGAGAUUGUUGAACGUAGAGAAAAUUGGUUAUAAAAAUUAGUAUUGUCUUCAUUCUCAUUUCUUGUAUUUCAAAUAUUGAAGAUGUACGUGUAUUUUAUUGAGGUGAACAAUACCAAUACUGCUGGCGGACAUAGAUUUAUAUUUAUAAGGACAAACUUGAUUUUUUAGAAAAAUUAGCAAUAUUCAAUGUCUUUAUCAACAGUUGACCUUGCUGCAAUAUUGGAAUGCAAGAUAUGCUUAGAAACAUAUAACAAUCCAAAACACUUACAUUGUGGACAUACGUAUUGCCAAGAUUGUUUAGAUAGCAUUUUGGUGUUCAAAGAAGACGGAAGUGCUGAGCUGCCCUGUCCAUUAAGAUGUCCUAAAAUGACAAAAUUGAGUAAAGACGAGACGUUAAUGACUGUAUACUCAUUUGUUGAUAUUUUGAAUAAGCUUUUCAGAAAAGUAAAGACAACAACAACAAACAUGAGUGCUGACAAAACAAGUGGUUUUCAAUUACAACAAAAAUGUAAUCGUUGAACCGACGACGUCGAAAACGAGAUGAAGGCUGCGCUGGAACGUCUUUCCAAGCUUGUAUUUAUGGAGCAGUUUUAAAGUGACAUGCUUAUACUAUGUUGUGUUUCCAAAACACUCAAUACGACACGUAACGACACGUAACAUCGCACGUAUCAUGACAUUUACUGUAAAAAUCAAGUGAUUCAGUACACGUUACACACGUAACAUCAAGUAUUUUAAGAAAAUAUAAGAAUAUACUUUUUCUUAAAAUAUGUGAUGUUACGUGUGUUAUGUGUACCGAAAUCCUUUGAAUUUCACUGUAAAUGUCAUAUUAUACUUCCUAGUAAGUGAGAUAAUACUAUUCUGUACGAAUAUCCCAUAAAGAAGCUUGUUCUUGCUAGCUACAAUUGUCCAUAAAAUAUGUUAACUCUGAAGAUUUUAGUCCAAACACAAGGACCAAAAAGUUUAAAUCAGAAAAAUCAAAAUAGCUGGCUACAUAUUCUACAGAUAGUAUUUCCAGUCCCCACUUAUGACAAAUGUUUAUAUGCAGGUUGAUGUUAUCAUGUGUAAUCAGUUACGCUGCUCAGCGACAAAGGCCACUUGUCAACAUUGAAUGAUACCGAAAUGGAGUGAAAAGGCAUGCGCUUCCGGCCGAUUGUAGUUAUAUCGUAUGCACGUCUGAAAGGACCUACAGUAGUACAUAUUGCCAUGUUUUGAACAUUCGUUUUGUGUGUCCAAUCAGGACAACUUUCAGAAAAACGAAAAAAUUUUGAGCAAAAUGGCAUUUUUACUAUACCAGGAAAUAAUACACCGAUGUAUUAAAAAUUACCCCGAUAAUAAAAAAACUUUGGUUUUUUGAACUUGA